CCCGAAAGUGAAAAAGUAGAACAAAGGCUCGUAAGCGAAGGAGUAGAAAAGGUCUCGGCAAGUUCGUGGUUAUCGGUUGACGAAUUGCGGAAAGCAGAGAUGGAAAUAGUCAAGGUGGUUCAAUCCGAGGCAUUUCCAGCGGAGAUAAAGAAUCUGAAGGACACUCAGGCUGAUUCCUCGUUAAGCAAUCGUCUUUCAGACAAGAAGAAGAAGGCAGUUUUGAAGAAAACGAACGUUCUUCAUACGCUAGAUCCAUUCGCAGAUUCCGAAGGUAUUCUGAGAGUUGGAGGAAGAAUACGGAGAGCUAACUUGGUGGAAACGUUGAAAAAGCUUAUCAUCUUACCGAAGUCGGGACACUUCACGAAGCUGGUUGUCAGUUAUAUUCACGAGAAAACGCACCAUAGUGGCAGAGGUAUAACUACGAGUGAAUUACGAGCUCAUGGUUAUUGGUGCAUCAACGGCAACACG